GGCAGUCGCUUCAUAACGAGCGGCGCGGCGCCUGGAGCGCGGCCAACUUUGUUGAAGCAGAAACAGAAUUAAAACAUUUAAAAAAUAAAGUAACUCGCGCACGAAUGCGAAUAAAGCACAUUGCUUCGCACAGUAAACGUUUACUCUGUUCAAUCAUUUCUUUUCGCCGCGGUCGCUGGCGCCGUGAAGGUGAUGGAGGAGGCGAUGACUGCGCCGUGAGGAGGAGGAGGGAGGGAGGCCCCGCGUGGGGGUGGCGGCGGUGGGAGAGCUUUAACUCUCUCCACUUGGAACUUUCAUUUCACAGCAUUUACAUCUUUAUUAAACGCGCCGCCACCACCACCACCACCCCCUCUCCCGGUGCUGCUGCUGCCGCGGCAGAGAGGGCGGCAGCGAUGUCUGUGGCGAGUGCCGUGGGGCUGGAGAAGGCGGACGGGUUCAGUAAGCGCUCCGUGCGCCGCGCCGCCGGGAGGCUCAACCAGCGCCGAUCGUCGCUCUUCCGUGCCCUGGGCGCCCCUGUCGAGCUCAGCCCCCUGCCCCUUCUCAAAGACACGCCGCCGGGGGAGGUACAGGAGCUGUUCUGCCACAAGCUGCAGCAGUGCUGCCUGGUGUUCGACUUCCUCGACUCUGUCUCCGACCUCAAGGCCAAGGAGCUGAAGCGCGCUGUGCUCAACGAGCUGCUCGACCACCUCACCUCGGGGCGCGGUUCUCUCACAGAGCCACUCUACCCCGAGAUCAUACGCAUGGUCUCCUGCAACGUCUUCCGAGCGCUCCCGCCCAACGACAACAACGAGUUUGACCCCGAGGAGGAUGAGCCCAUGCUGGAGGUCUCCUGGCCCCACCUGCAGCUCGUCUACGAGUUCUUCCUGCGCUUCCUGGAGAGCGCGGAGUUCCAGCCGGCCAUUGCCAAAAAGUACAUCGACCAGAAGUUUGUCUUACAGGUGCUUGAGCUGUUUGACAGCGAGGACCCGCGGGAGCGCGAGUUUCUCAAGACCGUGCUGCACCGCAUCUACGGGAAGUUCCUGGGGCUGCGCGCCUUCAUCCGCAAGCAGAUCAAUAACAUCUUCCUCCGGUUCAUUUAUGAGACGGAACAUUUCAAUGGCGUGGCCGAGCUGCUCGAGAUCCUGGGCAGCAUCAUCAACGGCUUUGCGAUGCCCCUCAAGUCGGAGCACAAGCAGUUCCUGGUGAAGGUGCUGCUUCCGCUGCACACUGUCAAGGUUCUCUCCCUCUUCCACGCACAGCUCGCGUACUGUGUGGUGCAGUUCCUGGAGAAAGACCCGCAGCUGACGGAGCCGGUGAUUCGAGCGUUGCUCAAGUUCUGGCCGAAGACGUGCAGCCAGAAGGAAGUGAUGUUUCUGGGUGAGCUGGAGGAGAUCCUGGACGUCAUCGAAUCGAACCAGUUUGUCAAGAUCCAGGAGCCACUCUUCCGCCAGAUCGCCAAGUGCGUGUCGAGCCCCCACUUCCAGGUGGCGGAACGGGCCAUGUACUACUGGAACAACGAGUACAUCCUGGGACUCAUGGAGGAGAACAUCUCCACCAUCCUGCCCAUCGUCUUCGGCAGCCUCUACCGAGUCUCCAAGGAGCAUUGGAACCAAACCAUCGUUGCCCUGGUGUACAACAUCCUCAAGACCUUCAUGGAGAUGAACAGCAAGCUGUUUGAUGAGCUCACAGCCUCCUACAAGGCGGAGCGGCAACGGGAGAGGAAGCGGGAGAAGGAGCGUGAAGAUCUGUGGCAGAGGCUGGAGGAGCUGCAGCUGCAGCAGUCGCCCAACAACAACAGCGCUCGCGCGGCAGGCACCAGCUAGCUCCUCCUCGCCCCCCCCGCAGACCGCGGGUCCCCACGUCAGGUUUCCAUCCUCCUCCACAACCUCUCCUAUUUUUUUUUACUUUCUAAUUUUUGUUUCUAUUUCUUUGAGGGGGCAUAACACGAGUUUGCAAACAUCAAAAGUGGUGAAAGGAACGCUUGAGAUGGUGGGUGUUUGUGCGUUGCGUUUCUAAGUAUAUGAACGUCCUUUGGCCUUAAACUCACCGCGCGUGAGCUUUAAAAUAAAUAAAUAAACAGGUGGUGCAAAAUGUCCAGAUAGCAGGGACGAUAGGCGAGCGCGCGUCUUGUGUCGGGUGCAGCAUGCGCACGUAGUAUGCGAGCGACUGUGUUUGUACGCGCGAUGUGUUUGUACGUGUGUACGCAUGCGUGCGUGUGUGCAGCGUUGGCCGACCAGAAUGCCGAGAGGUUGCAUGUGUGGUGGUUUUACUCCCCAGAGCGAGCGCUCUGUACACGAACGCCUCGACUCCCUCUGCCAGAAAAAAAUAAUACCCCCCCCCCUCCUCCACCGCGAUUAAACAUUUCAGGUUUAUUCAUUCGGACGUUACGUACUUCAGCAAAAAAAAAAAUACCGCAAACAUAUCUGGACAAGAGCUAGUUCCUGAAGUGCAUCCAGGAACCGGGCGCGUCAUGUGACGCAGCAUCGCCUCGUCAGACACCUUGUACAUAUGCCUUUGUCUUCCACAGGGUUUUUUCGUAAACAGUUACGCAGACGUUAGCGUCUCAAAUUUGGUUUUUAAAACUUAAAAGAGAAACUUAAAAUGCAAAGGUGUUCUACGCGAGUAUUCGGAGUUCCGUAGAAGAACGCAGCGAGUGGCCGGGCUGCGUUUCUUCCCAAAGUUUUCUCUUCCUGCGACUUAAUUUGUUGGGGUGCGCCCCGGCACUUUCACUCGUUUCCACAUGGACUAGUACCGGUUUGUAAAGUUGGGUUCUGUUCUUGGGAAGGUGUGUGUGUGUGUGUGCGCGCGCGCGUUAUAAGGGCACUCUGUGUAAAGGUCGUUAUAUUUUUUGUUGCUUUUGACAAAAGCGAACGGGCGGAGGUGUGCUCAAUACAAACUCACGUCAGAGGUGCAGAUGGCCGGGGAGAGGGGGGUGGGGGGGAUAUUGGGACCUUUACACCAUUACUCUUAUUCAGAAAUAUUUUUAAAGUUUGUAAAGAUGUUGCAUAGUAUUUCAGUUAUUCUGUAAAAGUAAAAAAAAAAUCAAGCCGUGAAAAAAAAGACGCGUAAUGACGUUUCUAAGAGCUAGCAGGCCAACCUGGUUGUGAUUGCCGGCCUGCUGACGGCACGAGCCGCAGUAUGAGCACACCUCCACCACGCAUGCUGCGCCUCCCUCUCUCCUCCCUCCUGCCCGCCUGCGCCAGCUACAUCGCUUGCGGUUUUGGGUUUUCCCUUUGCCCAACCACCACGUGCGCCAUCCGCUGGCACGUUUGGAGCACCUCGUUGUACACCGGUGGGAAUCUUCGUUCCGCGUCCUCGCGUUAAACCUGGCGGACAAUUUUUGAACUGUUCUUGGGUUUGACGCGAGGAGAGGCAUAGGUGCGGAGAAGGCUACCGCCCCGCCUCGUUUCGUUCCGGGAAUCGUGACCCUGAUGACUUGUUUGGUCUUUCCCCAGGUGUCGUGUCGGCCUUGGCAAUUUCAGUAGCUCCUGUGAUUUGCUUGACGGUGCGGAGUAUUAGACUGUAGUCCGGUCCAGGUUUUCCAGGCAGUUUAUAUGCGGUGCAGUGGACGCGUCGGUUGCCAAGUACAAGGAUUACUGUCGUUUAGCUACCUGUCAUGAGAUGUCCCAGAGUGGAAAUUUGGUCGAACCUGAAACUGGAUCUUUUGCUUCUGGUUUAAAUGUAGAUGCAACCUAGCCUGGGUCUCUCUUGCUGUCCGACACAAGCGCGACGGUGUGUUUGGUUAAUACGCCAGUGCCGUGACAUCGUGGUAACACCCGAGUGCGAGGUCAGGCGCAGCCCAUUGGUGGAGCGAGCGGCUUGCAAUCAGGUUUGCGAAUUCAAAUCCUCAAUGCGGGUUAACUCGGAACGUCAUCCCAAAUUUUUUUAAACUCGUGUCAAAUGGCCUAAAUACUUGCGCAACGGUGUGGGUUCCCGUAUCCACAAGAGCCACGUGGUUUUUGGACUGCAUCUGUAAAGUUAAACAACGCCUCAGCGGCUGUUGGCGCUGGGCGGUUCAGGUAGUGUAGGAGUGUGUGUGGGAGGUGGAGUGCCAUCAUCUCGAGCAGAUCAGCAAAGGCGGUGGAUCGUGGUUGAGUGGCUAAAGCAGCGCGCACACCCUGUUUGGCGUGUAUGGUUGAUCGCAAUAGGACCAGGGCUUCAAUACAGCUCGGUCUGUCCAGGUUGGUGGUCCGAAAAAAUAUCCCGCACCCGGCACACCAUAUCCAGUAUACGCUCUCAGUAGGGCUGCGGCUACUAGUCACUUGCAGUCUGCUCCAGUGUAUCAACGACCUGGCUAGUAUUCGGUGAGCAGUAGAGAAAAAAUUGAACCCCCAUUGCGCCGCCUAGGUGUUGUGUGCAAGUUCCAAUCCAGUGAGCUGUCGUUGACUGACUCACCAAGUGAGGACACACCCGUGGGUGUGUCUCCGACCACGGGAAAAGCCUGCGGCUGUUGUGUUUUGCCGAACAUCACGCCUACACACGCGCGCGCUGUGUCUUGGGUGGUGCUGUAGUUAGCGCCGCUGCUGCCGAAAAGCAGCACUUCAACCAAUCAGUAGCUCUAUCCCAAAUGCCAACCUCCAUCACGGGCAAUGGUCAAUCCACUGCUGGAUAAAGGCCUCCCCAAGGUGUCACCGUUCCAUGGUCCUGUAAUGCAUGAAUCCACUUGGCACCUGCACAAGCGCUGAUUUUAUCAUUCCGUCUCCAUGGUGGUAGUCCUCUCCGACACUUCCCCUCCAUUGGCUCCCACUCCAUCUAGUCUUGAUCGUGCGUAGGUACAUAGCCAACCUACGAUGAUCGUGCUUGCCCAAGCCCACAUUUUCCAUACAGUCAAAUUCUUAUCUUUAACCUCUGCAUAUGUUUGUGAAUCCAUGUGUUAACUCCAUCCCUAUCGAUCCCAUAGUCACAUCCGUUUGCCCUGUGAGCCCCACAACUAGUGCCGGUUGAUCGAGCACUAGUACACACAGCAAGAUUAUCUUGUACUGCAGCAGCACAAUACAGACACCGGGAAAUGCGAUGCCCUUGGUCAGCACAGGUCAGUCCAACUGUUUAUUACAGAGCUGUUUUGCCACGGUUUUGUUUGCUUUUUAAUGCGAAAGGAUCAUGGAUCAAACCGAUUUAAGUGUUUGCCCUUGUGAAGAUUAACAGGGGCGGCAGGUCCACGAGUUUGCGAGUAGGAUUUUGGAUGAUCAGGUAUCGUGUGUUGAUGACAGGGCUUUGAUGUCGCGAGCCAGUGGUGGUGGUGCGUAGAUUAUGAGCGGUUCACAGGGGCGCAGUCGGGGCGGCUCAAGAAUCCCGUGUGGUGCGAGAGUGACGUUUGUUACCUACUUACAUGAAUGCCUUUCGUAAAAUAAAACAAAUAAAUUAUUUUAAAAAAGGUAUUUUUAUGCUCUACAGUAUCAGCGGAGGAAACUUUCAUUCCAAAGACGAUGAUCGGAUGCCGUCUUUUACUGGUGCACGAAUAAUGGCAUCGCGAUCACCCGUGUUUUCAGUCAUUGACCUUGCAAGGCCGAAUAUUGUGAAUACAAUAAAGCAAUUUGAGAAGA